AUGGCUGAAGAGAACAUAGUCAAUUGCCAUUACGUACCAAAAAGUAGUUUGAAGAAGGUAUUAGAUUUGAUGGAAACACCAUGCAGAGUUCAAGAUAAAAGAUGUAAAAGGAACCUUGUGGACUUACAAACAUGCAAAAGUUUAUAUGAAACGGAUUUACGAAGAAAAAACUGGAGGAAUGCGUACCAGAUGGCUUUGAGGCGAGCGAUUUACUCACACAACUGGAACCAACUUUUGUAUCUAUUGAAGAAAUCUCCAAUAUGGGAACAUGCUACUGAAAAGGCUGAUGAAUAUCCUAUUUAUAUAAGGGCUCUUACAAUACUUCUCAUGAACCAUCCAAGUGCAAAAUCUCAGUCUUUACUAAAUGACUACUUACACAUGGUCCUAUCCUGUCGCUCGGAACAAGAUAAAAAAGCAAUUUAUAAGGCUUUACUCUCACUUACAGAGAAAAUCUAUGGAAGAAAUAAUGAUUGA